AUGGCUUCCCUAGAAUCAUCACAUGCUCUGCCUCCUUUGCCCGAAUCCAUCAAACCAGUCCUUAAUUUGUGUCAUUAUGAUGAGUUUGGUAACACAAUCGAGCAAACCCUCCAUGUGGAUGCUCUGUUCACGGUCGUCUCUAACAUCAUGGAAGCCUCACUCAAGAUCUCUGAUCCAAACGUAAAGCUUAAUGUUAACAAGGAGGCCAAGUCAAGUCCUUUUGGUUUCAAUUCACCCACAGAACGGCUUCGGAAAAUUGCUUGUCAGAUGAGGAGUACAGUUGUUGAUAAGGAAUACUCGCAUGCACACGAAACAGCAGAGAGGAUAAUCACAGAUCUGAAGGAAUAUCCAUGGCAUGCAAGAGCAGUGAUGGCACUAGCAGCAUUUGCUUUAGAUUAUGGGAAUUUCCAUCUUCUUUCUCAGGUUAAAGAUGGCGACAACCUUGGAGCAUCAUUGGCUGUCUUGAAUGAUGUUCAAGGAAGCAUCAUCAGUACUAAUGAGGAAACCGUUUCCACAUACCACUGUCUGGUGAGGAACGUUUUCUUAACUGUCCAAUGUUUGGUUAAGUUGAUGGGAAUGUUGCAGCGACAUGAUCAUGCCAAAUUCGAGGACAUGAUUCCCACUUUGGACAAAGCUAGGCAUGAAUUCCCUGAUUUUGUUUAUUGGGCUAUCUUUUCGACUGUUGUUUGCAGCAGCACUCUUUACAUGGGCUCCAGUCGUUACAACGGCACACUAUCCGAAACUAGAGACUGGAUUUCCCAUGUUCAUGAAACAUUAAAUGACUACCUGAAGCACAUAGAGGAUGUGAAAGGUAUUAUGGAUGAAUAUUUAGAACGUCAAGUUGGGGCAUUCGUAACUCCUACAGGAAUUUUACAAGUUUUGAAGUGUCUGUUAUUCCCCAAAGAUACGAAGAAGCACUACGUGUGUUACGGCUCCAUGGAAUCAAGGGUGAAGGUCGAUGAUGAAAUGUUCAACAACAAGUGUGUGUUGCUGUUCAUUUCCGAAGUGUUCGGCAUCGAAGAGGAGAUUAAGCUUUUGAAAAGAAUCAGCGAAGAUUUGGCCUCAGAUCCAAAAUGUGAAAAACAUGGGAUGCGAAAGAAUGACUUCAGGAUCUUGUGGGUCCCCAUUGUUUCUUCUUCUUCUUCGAAGAGUGAGAAGAUCAAGGCACAAUUCAACGUUGUCGCACAACAAUUUGUUACAUGGUCGUGUGUGGUGGAUUAUUCCAUUGUCGAACCUGCAAGCCAGAAACUGAUCAAACAGGAGCUGGGGUACAUGAAAAAGCCUAUGGUUGUUGUGUUCAACCAACGAGGAAGAAGAACAAAUAACGAUGCGUUGCCCAUGUUAUCUGCAUGGGGAUGCCAUGCAUUCCCACGGAGUACAGGUGAUGAUUUGAGUUUUGUUCAGAAUUGGAACUGGUUCAGGUCAAUACUCAAGACCUUCAAUCAACAACUAGCAAGUUUGAAUGAGAAAGAAUACAACAUCAUCUGCGGAUGCAUGGACGAUGUGGACCCCAGCAACUACGAUGGUAGCUGGUUGGACAAAAUCAACUUAGAGUUGGAAAAAAUCAAAAGGGACAAGAUCAUAAGCUCAAGUGGUUUUGCUAUAAAUUACUAUCAUCAUGGCAAGCAGGCUGAGAAUGACUUCAAGUUUGCAAAUAAGUUCUGAGCUUUUGUAGAGAAUGUGUUCAACAGCUUGAAAAGUAGGAAAACAACUAUCAAGGACGACCCUUCCUUGGACCAUCUCAAGAAAUUCCUCGGCCUCCGGCGAGAAAUGUCCGGCUGGAUUAUCAUAAGCCGAGGGUCCGAGGUUAAAAUAGUUGGUUCUCGUGAGAGCGUCUGCAAAACUCUCUCCGAGUUUGAGUCGUGGAAACACGAUAUCACUCAACAUGGCUUUGAUGGGGCUUUUGCGAAAUACUAUUCCAGCGAGUUUCCACCUCAAUCAAGUUGUCUCUACUUGGAUCUGAAGACCUAUGUUCCCUUAGAAUGUGUGACAUGCCAAUCUGAGAUGGAGAUACAGUUAGUCAAAUACGUGUGCUGUCAUGGCAACCAUAGCCAUGCCAAAUCUGUUCAUCGCCUUGCACGAGUCCUUUAAUGAAACGUCGUCGUUUUCCCUACCCGAUGCUCAGAUUUGGAGGAAGGAGGAGGUGUUUUCUUGAAUUAUGGGCUUGUUUAUGCGUACUGUGUCUUUAGUAAAGCCUUUCUAUAGGGCUUAUGAUAAUAUUAAAGCCUUCGGGCUAUGAGUCUGUUGAAUUAUUGCAUGUGUCAGUGUGUGGUUGUGGAUUUGUGUUAUCGAUAAUAAAAUUCCCCCUUCGAUUUGAGGA